GUACCAGGAUCAUUUACGACCGUAAAUUUCUGAUGGAGUGCCGCAAUUCUCCGGUUGCCAAAACGCCACCUUCUGACCUUCCGGACAUUCCAGGCGUGACCAGCCCGACCGCGGAGGAGCCCAAGAUUGAGAACAACCAUGUCCAGAACUGUGACGAGAAAGCGAGCGCAGGUGAGGAAGAGCAGUUUGACAUGGACAUCUAA